AUGAAUUGGCUGUUUCGAGUUCUAGCUCUGUUUGUUCUCAUUAUUACUAUUCUUCUCUACUACUGGAUUUUGAAGGUAGCGCUUCUUAUUUUUUCAAAAUAUAACAAGACAUUUCAGAACAAAACGAUCAGAACCGAAUCGAUGAUAUUCAAAGACGUCGACAACUUGCCCGAGUUGACAUUCUCAAAGCUGGCUGACUUGGAAAGCAGAAUGGCGGCAGAAUUGGAGGCGAUUCCAAUUGAAAAAUUUGAUGAAACUCGGAGAGAGAAUAUUGAGAAAUUCAGAAAUUCCAUCCUUCAAAACUCGACAGUUGCCAGCCACGAUCAUUCGACCAUAAACGUGAUUGCAUUAAUGUGCAUGAUAAUGUCAGUCGCAAGGGUUUUCGUUCAGAAAGUUUUACAUUAUUUCAGCGUUGCAACGGUAAUCAUUCUCUGCAUCAUUCGCAUCUUCCUCAAACGGAAGAACUUGGACUCUGAUUCAGAUCGCAUCCCAUUUGCAAACAUGUUACAUUAUUAGCCUGACUCCAUUCACUUUGUUUCAAAUAUUCAUUUUCAUCAAUUCAUCCAUGUAUAUGCACGUAGAUUGUCUGUGAGAGGGGAUGUACACCUUCACAUAACAAUAUUGCAUACAUUGACUGUUUUGUACAUAUGUCCGUCUCGUUCGCAUUACUCAAGAUAAGACAGUGCAUUGGCUCGUUCUUUUCCAUCUCCGUUCUUAAUGAAUGUCCUACUUUUGAUUGUUCUUUUUUCUACCAUUCCUAUUGUGCUCUCCAGUUAUUCUCACCACACAUUCCCUUCUAAUUCCACGUACAUUUAUUUUCCAAAUAUCGAUAACCAAGAUUUCUGGCACUUGGUCUGUGUUAUUGCUCCUGUUCUCAUUGGAAUAACAUUGUAAGCCGUUUUUGUCAUAUAACAACUUGAAAACAUCAAAUUUUCAGAGUUAUUAUCGGAGUGCUUAUCUUCUUCUUCUGCAAAUGCUCUCCAAAAUCCACGGCCACUUCGGACGACUACGACAGCUACAGUUAUCUUCUGACAAGCCCGCGGAGCAGAAAACUUGCUGCUUUCGGUCUUGAUCCGUCUCGGAAACGCACUAUCAACCCAUCAGGAUCAAGUGAGAGAAUAGCUCAGAAACUGUCCUUAAUCCUUGAGAAUCAUCUGGAAAAUGUUCAAGUCGAGUAAUCUCAUGUUCCUUUUCUAACAGUAUUUUGGAAUGUUCACUUUUGUAUUUUCCAGUAAAUUGUUUCAAAUAUCGGCUGGCUCUUUGGGGCGCGCGCAGACAUUUCAGACGGACAGAAUCGUAAAAACGGACGAAAAACAAUAGAGAGUGCACGUCCUACGGAGAUGCAGUUCUCUAGACUGUAUGGUCCGUUCAGAGAUGUCUGCUGCGCACAGACAUUAAUAAUGGAACAGACGGUGCAGAAGUUGAAAAACAAUCGUGAUGACAGGGGAACACGUGCCUGUCUGGAGAAGGCGGAGUGCAGCUGGUUUGUUGCAAGCUGCCAGUUCAUUUGGUCAAGCUUACGCUCCAGUCCUCGCGUUUGGUGCAGUUCACUAUGAGUUCUUUCCAAGGAUCUAAGUGCAAGGAUCUACGAGUCAUGCCAGACAGCCUCAAGAUUUUGAUUGGAAUUUUUGUGUGAGUUCUAAUACUUUUCUAAAAUCUCUGCUCACUAGGCUUGGAACAGAUUUCACUAAAGCAAGUUACGUUUUCAGGCUGCUCGCCGUGCUCUACCUUCUGGUCAAGUGCUGGGUAACCUUGACGAAGGAGAAGCCGCCUCCAGUCGACAACGGAAAUGAAAUCGAAAUGGUCUAA